AUGUUAACGUUCCUCCGUCGUAACCUUUGUGCUUCGCCAUUCAGGCAAUUGUAUUCACAAAACAAGCCACUUCUCACUUUCCACUUCACCACCACCACCACCAGAAUUGGUGGUCAUCACGAUGAGUCAAACCUGCGUCAGCCUCCUCCGAUCCGAGUUGUACUCACCGAGUCAGCUGGCAGAGGUGUUCUCGCGACUCGGAGAAUCACAGCUGGUGAACUCAUACACACAGCUAAACCAAUAGUUUGUCAUCCUUCCCUCUCCUCAAUCGGUAUAGUCUGUUACUUCUGCCUUAAAAAGCUUCAAAACAAAGCCACUCCCACUCUUCAAGUUGGGAAUGCCACGUUUUGCAGUGAAGAAUGCAGAGAACAAGCUAAGGUGUUCUGUGAAGUUGAGAACAGAGCAGAUUGGUCAGCUUUUGAUGAUCACUGUCGGUAUGGAUUUUUUCAUAACCUCCUAUUUCAUUUGCCUGUGUCAUAA